CCUUCUUCCCUCUUCUUUUUUUUUUUUCUUUACUUCUCUUUUAUACUUUCACCAUGCUUUUCAAGGUUAUCUCUAGACCCACUAACGUCGCUGCUGUUAAGAAGGUUGCUGUUCGUUCUUUCGCUUCUCAAUCUACUUCCAUUCCUACCCCUGCUCCUGCUGAACAAAAGACGAUUAACCCCAAGAAGUACGGUGGUAAAUAUACUGUGACCUUGAUUCCCGGUGAUGGUGUUGGUCAAGAAACUGCUGCUUCUUUGAAGGAUGUUUUCAAGGCUGCCAACGUACCUGUUGAAUUUGAACAAUACGAUGUUUCUGGUUUGACUUCUGAAGAUGAAGACCUUUUCCAAGAAUCUCUUGCCUCUCUUCGUCGCAACAAGGUUGGUAUCAAGGGUACUCUUUUCACUCCUACCUCUCGCUUGGGUCACAAGUCUUUCAACGUUACCAUGCGUAAGGAUUUGGAUAUCUAUGCCUCUCUUUCUCUCUGCAAGAACGUUCCUGGUGUCGAUUCUCGCUUGAAGAACGUCGAUAUUGCCAUUAUUCGUGAAAACACUGAAGGUGAAUACUCUGGUUUGGAACAUCAAUCUGUUCCUGGUGUUGUUGAAUCUUUAAAGAUCAUUACUCGUGCUAAGACUGAACGUAUUGCCCGUUUCGCUUUCGACUUUGCUGUCAAGAACAACCGUAAGAAGGUUACUGCUGUUCACAAGGCUAACAUCAUGAAAUUAGCUGAUGGUCUCUUCUUGCGUACUUGUCGUGAUGUUGCCAAGGAAUAUGAACAUCAUAACAUUGAAUUCAACGAUAUGAUUGUCGACAAUACUGCUAUGCAACUUGUGUCUCGCCCUCAACAAUUCGACGUUAUGGUCAUGCCUAAUCUUUACGGUAACAUUGUCUCUAAUGUCGGUGCUGGUUUAGUUGGUGGUCCUGGUUUGAUCCCUGGCUGUAACAUUGGUCGUGAAUACGCUAUGUUCGAACCUGGAUGUCGUCAUGUUGGUAUGGAUUUGUUGAAUAAGAACGCUGCCAACCCUACCGCUUUGUUGUUGUCUUCCGUCAUGAUGUUGCGUCACUUGAACUUGGAUGAACAUGCCAGCCGUAUCUCUAAUGCUGUCUAUGAAACUAUCGAAACUGGUGCUGCUAGAACUGCCGAUAUGGGUGGCAACAACACUACUCGUGAAUUCACUGCUGCUGUCAUGUCCAAGUUGUAAAAUGAUUAUUUUAUUACAUUGAUUCAUCUAUUUUUUAGUUACUUUCUCUCUUUCCUUUAUUAUUUCCCCCCCUCGUUUCCGUUCUUCAUAUUAAAAAAAUACAUAUCCUUCAUUUUUAUUUUAUUUGUUUUGCUUCCCUUUAUAUGAAGACACAUUGUAUUUUACUUUUUUUUUUAUUUGUACACAUCGUUCUUCUCCCUCAAAAAAAGAAACAAAACAAUAAAAACUCUAUAGAUUCUGAAUAUCA